AUGGUUCAAGCUCUCCUCAACAAGAUCGUAUUCCUGAUCUUGUGUACAUCCAAAAUUGCUCAAUCACAGUAUAUGGGCUACAACCUUUCACAAUCCGGGGAUGCUGAUUCAGCAAUCUACGACACCGUCGGAACGCCCUCGAAUUCUUCAGUUCUAGUCCCAGAGCCUGAUGUGUACCUGAAUGCUUCAGUACAUGUUGGCGAGAUCAGUCUCACCGUAACAAACAUCACGGCAAAAAUCAACCUGCAAGCAGAGGUUUUAAGUCUGCUCUCCUUCAAUGCAGGAGUAGACGCCUCAAUCGACCGAGUCCGACUCCUCAUCCAAGACGUCAACGCUCAUGUCAUCCUCGAAGCACGAUUAUCCAAUCUCCUCCUGAUGAUCACCAACGUCCUCGAUAGCAUCGAUUUAAACCCCCUCAUCACAACCCUCGGCCAAGACGUCGGAGAAAUCGUCAACACCACAGUCGGAGGCCUCACAGGCUCUGGCUCCUCUGGCUCUAGCUCCUCCGGUACCACCCCCUCAACCUCCACCUCAGCAGUCUCCCGCCGAUCCUACGAGCUCGAACACAACAUCCUCUACAGCGUCAACGACUACUCAGGAAACACGCACACCAACCGGAUUCUCUCCCAAAGCGGUGCCUUGGUCGACCAAUCCCUCGAUAACAACGGUCAUGUGCUUGGCUCCGUCGAAGUCGGGAAUUACUUGAACGAUAUGAGAUUCAAUGGGUAUAACAAGACCGUUUCGAGGAACGGCGCGACGACCAAGUUGGAGUAUGUCUAUGAGCCGUUUCCGGGGUUGAGUGUCGUUAGUGCGGUGUUUUUGGAUGCUGGGGGGAAGGUGGUGUUUACGCAGGUUUUGAGUGAGAGUAGUGGGGGUGGGGGGAGUACUAUUAGUAGUGAUUAA